AUGGCCUCGUCUCAGGGGAAACACGAGCUGAAAUUCGCCGACUGGAUGGCAACUCUGCCCGACAGCAUCCACGGCAUCCCGCUCACCAAUUUAGCCAUCCCAGGGUCCCAUGAUUCUUUCAGCUUCUACAUUGAUGAAGCCUCUCCAGUAGGUCCUGAGCAACCGGAAACUGUCCAGAAUUUUGUCUCUGUAUUUGGAACUGUAGCCAAGAAACUGAUGCGGAAAUGGUUGGCCACUCAAACAAUGAACUUCACUGGUCAGCUAGGAGCCGGAAUCCGAUAUUUUGAUCUUCGGAUUUCCACCAAGCCCAGAGACCCUGACAAUGAACUUUAUUUUGCUCAUGGCUUGUUCAGUGCCAAAGUCAACGAAGGCCUGGAGGAGAUCAAUGCAUUCCUCACAGAUCACCGUAAAGAAGUCGUAUUCUUGGACUUCAACCAUUUUUAUGGGAUGCAGAAAUAUCACCAUGAAAAACUGGUCCAAAUGCUGAAAGACAUCUAUGGAAACAAAAUGUGUCCGGCAAUUUUUGCCCAGGAAGUGAGCUUAAAGUACCUGUGGGAGAAAGACUAUCAAGUGCUGGUGUUUUAUCACAGUCCAGUGGCUUUGGAAGUGCCCUUUCUCUGGCCUGGGCAGAUGAUGCCAGCACCCUGGGCAAACACCACAGACCCUGAAAAACUGAUCCAGUUUCUUCAGGCAUCCAUCACUGAAAGAAGAAAGAAGGGUUCGUUUUUUAUCUCUCAGGUGGUUCUGACCCCCAAAGCUAGCACGGUGGUCAAAGGUGUAGCCAGUGGCCUCAGAGAAACGAUCACAGAAAGAGCGCUUCCUGCCAUGAUGCAGUGGGUCCGCACGCAGAAGCCGGGGGAGAGCGGCAUCAAUAUUGUCACUGCUGAUUUUGUAGAACUUGGUGAUUUUAUCAGCACUGUCAUAAAGCUCAACUAUGUCUUUGAUGAAGGAGAAGCCAAUACCUGA